AGUUCCAAGCUGUUGCUUGCUGAUAACAUACCGCGUGCAAAAGUGGUCGUCGUGGCAUUCGUGCUCAACCAAUCCAACAGUUUCCUCUUAAAUCUUCUUCAGUGAAAGUGUGAAAAAAAUAUAGAUUUUGUCCCAAGAACGGCUCGAGAAGGCCUAAUUUUUUUUUUAUUUGCCAAAUACGUCUAGAAAAAAAUUUACCCCAAUUUUUUUCCUCGGAAAAAUUAAUUUCUUUCGUUGAUUUCUUUUUGUGCGGUGGAUUUAACAAAAAGUAAAUCAACAGAGAAAGACAGUUUGGCCAUAGUCUUUCCAGCCAUAUCAGCCCAUCAUGCGCUCGAAAGCUCGGGAGGACGCCCAAGUGGAACACCAUCAGGAAGAAGGUUCUAUUGCCCCAAAUAUCCUACCAGGAGGUGGAACCGGUGGUGGUGACAGUGGAUUCUUUGACUUCACCGACGAAGAGGGAAAAACCAUCAAGCAGGAGGAUCAACACGUACAGGCUGAAACAACACAAUACAUUAGACCUCGACGCACAUCGAAAAAGCUCCAGCCUCUCAAUACCAUGUACGACAUGACUGAUUCGAGCUCACAGAGCGACGACACGACAAGUGGUACAGGAGAUGGUGGUUUUGGGUGUGACGGGGGAAAUGGUGGUAGUACACGGAGACGAGGAAAUUCCCGAAGAAGUGGCAGUCAAGUGGUGGUACGACGGCGAAAGGGUGUCCUCAAUGCCAAAGAACGGAAUCUGAGACGUUUGGAAUCCAAUGAGAGGGAGCGGAAACGUAUGCACGAUCUGAACAAUCAAUUUCAGUCUCUGCGUGAAGUGAUUCCGCAUGUAAAGAAGGAACGACGACUGUCCAAGAUAGAGACACUCACCCUGGCCAAAAACUACAUAACAGCCCUAACUAAUGUAAUCCUCCAGAUGCGCGGUGAGGGUGACGAGAAGUUAAUUAACAACGACAUUUGCCACUACUGUACCUGCAAGUACGCCGUCAGUGGACUGAGGACACCCCAGUCAUUAGACGCCUCCUCCACCGUUUCCCCCACAAAUCUCAGCGAUGAGUGCAAUACAAUGGUCAAGAGCAAGGAUACCAAUCAAAGACUUCAGAUGGAAUUCAAAUUUGAUGAGUCGAGCUUUUAUUCCGACUCAUUUCCGCUCUUAUAAAUCCCAAUGUGAUUUAACCCACCUCCCCCAAUUAUAUUCCUCCACCCUCUAGACAUCCCGUGAACACAUUGACUUUGGGAAAUGAACUAACACAUAAUGUACUGUGAAUAUAGUAGACAAAUUAUAUAGGACUUACAUACUAAGAAGGUAUUUAUUGAGUGUCUGCUCCGUGUGUUAUUUAAUUACUAUACAAUAUAUUUAUAGCAAAAAGCUUUCAAACACUAUGGGCUAUAAUACAGCAUUUACAUAAUAUUUGCUUCAAAUUUUCCCUUCCAAAUCAAAACCCCGCCUGAAAGUCUUCUCUCAUCUCUCUAUAUGCCAUGGAGCAUGUGUAAAUAAAAUUAGAGAAGUUAUAACUUUAAUGUUGAAGAUGUAUAUAUAGUAAAAAGAAAGAAAUGCUUGCUAUAUUUAUAAGAGAGUCUCAAUAGAUGGCAUUUAACUAGUUAUAAGAAAAAAAAAGAAAA